AUGUCCUGUGUCUCGUCGUCUCCAGGUGACCACCGAUCCAUCACCUCCAGACCCAAGCUCACGCUUCAAACCACCUCGCUCCCACGAACCUUUGGCAGUUCUACCACCGGCCUCUCCCUCUCCUUUGCAGCCGGUUCAACUGCAUCGCCGACCAUCCGCAACACUUUUAAAAACGCCUACGAUGUCGUCUCCCCCGCCUCCGUGACAAAUUCACCCUCCUCCAAGGCCCCUCCCAGCCUCAGAUUCAACAGCAACAAGCCGAUCUCUCCUUACCUCUACCAUGCAAGCAACAACUCCAAUGCCUUCAGCUACCGCAGCCCCUACCAACUUCCCCUAGGCGUACGCAGCAUCCUACGUAACUCCCCUCUCGAAUCAGCCUCGCGGCGACGCUCCGGCUCCAUCUCCGCAGGCACCAGCGGACCCGGCGGCGCAGGCGCACGCCGGGUCUUCUUCCCCGCCAAGAAACAAGUCAGCUACCGGAAUCCACUCGAGGAGGAGAUCCGCACCGAGCGCUACACGGCGCAGCACCUUGACCUGUUUCAAGACGAGGAGACCCCCGAGGCUGUGCACGGCGAGGCAGACCCGGCAUCAGAAGAACCCACGCCCGAGUCUGCCGAGGACGACGACUCGGAUUCAGCUUCUCAGCUCUCACUCUCAGAGACGAGUAGUGUCUCGAGCGACGAUGUGAGCCCGGAUGACGGCGCAAACACGCCGCUCUCCAAAACAGAGCGCAAGAAGCGGCGCACCAUGUGCGCCGAGCGACAAGUCCGAGCCGUCGCACUCCUCGACGGCUUCGAUACAGAUCCCUACGCCUCGUCUACACCACAGACCCCGCAACAGGGCCGAGCCAAGCGACGGCGCGAGUGGAAGUGGACGUUAGGUCCCGUCGGUACUAUCUCGGACGACCUGCACCCCGAAAUCCCGGUGCAAGUCCUUGCGCCCCAGCCGGUUGAUCCGCCGCCUGAAAAGCCACCGAUCAAAUGA